CCCUGGGCUCUGUGCGUCUGUCACUGCAGGGCUUUCUUACAACUCCCCAUAGAUUUACACCAGCUCCUCUCAUCUUUUUUUUUCCCGUCUCCAUCUUCCUCUCCUCUUUUACCGUGAGUCUGUCUCUCAGUCCAGUUGUUAUUUCCGUUUUGUUUUUUUAACUGCUAUAUUUGACUUAACGUGAGUCUUAACUUCUCAAGGACGGUCUGCGUGAAUAUGGUCAGCAUCAGUUUGCAGCAUCAAGGACGAACACCGGCACAACUCUAAUUGAAUUAUCGUAACGGACAACUUGAGGAGCUUUUACCUGUCAUUGUUGUGAGAAGCUACCGGCUUUUCACGGCCCACCCUCCAUGCUGAUGGAGAGAGCCGCUGCCGGUGCCAUGUCCUCGGCUGUAGCCCCAGAAAAAAACAAUUCCAACACCAUGGGCCCCAAAGAGGUGGAGCUGAUCCUUGUAAAGGAGCAGAAUGGGGUCCAGUUCACCACGACCACCUUGGUGGCUCCGACCCCAACUCAGACCAGCCCCAGUGGGGAAGAGGAGCGGGAGACCUGGGGCAAGAAAAUUGACUUCCUGCUGUCGGUCAUCGGAUUCGCCGUGGACCUCGCCAACGUCUGGAGAUUCCCCUACCUCUGCUACAAGAACGGAGGAGGUGCAUUCCUGGUGCCAUACCUGUUCUUCAUGGUGAUAGCAGGCAUGCCUCUCUUCUACAUGGAGCUGGCUCUGGGACAGUACAACAGGGAGGGGGCAGCGGGGGUGUGGAAGAUCUGUCCUAUAUUUAAAGGCGUUGGCUUCACGGUGAUCCUCAUUUCCCUCUACGUUGGCUUCUACUACAACGUCAUCAUCUCCUGGGCGCUGUUCUACCUCUUCUCCUCGUUCACCGGCGACCUGCCCUGGGUCCACUGCAACAACAGCUGGAACAGUCCCAACUGCUCCGACUGGGCGGACAACAGCUCAGCGAGUGACAUUUACAAGGCCACGCCGGCGCAGGAGUACUUUGAUCGAGGGGUGCUCCACAUCCAGGACAGCAACGGCAUCGAUGACCUGGGUCGCCCACGCUGGCAGUUGACGUCCUGUCUAGGCGUGGUGAUUGUUCUGCUCUAUUUCAGUCUCUGGAAGGGCGUCAAGACGUCUGGCAAGGUUGUGUGGAUCACAGCCACCAUGCCCUAUGUGGUCCUGACUGUGCUGCUGCUCCGCGGAGUCACUCUGCCUGGAGCCAUCGAUGGCAUUAAGGCCUAUCUCUCCGUGGACUUCCUGAGACUCUGCGAUGCCAAGGUCUGGAUCGAGGCAGCGACACAGAUCUGCUUCUCGCUGGGAGUGGGGUUUGGUGUGCUAAUUGCCUUUUCCAGCUACAACAAAUUCAGCAACAACUGUUACAGAGACGCCAUCAUCACCACCUCCAUCAACUCUUUAACCAGUUUCUUCUCCGGCUUUGUGGUCUUCUCCUUCCUCGGUUACAUGUCGCAUAAACACAACGUGGACCUGGACAAAGUUGCCAGAGAUGGUGCUGGGUUGGUGUUUGUCAUUUACCCAGAGGCCAUUGCAACAUUACCCGGGUCAUCGGUGUGGGCGGUUAUCUUCUUCAUCAUGUUGCUGACGCUGGGCAUUGACAGUGCUAUGGGUGGGAUGGAGUCGGUGAUCACGGGGCUGAUCGACGAAUUCAAAUUCCUCCACAAGCACAGAGAGCUGUUCACCCUCUUCAUUGUCGUUGCCACCUUUCUCAUAUCCCUCUUCUGUGUUACAAAUGGCGGGAUGUAUGUGUUUACUCUGCUGGACCACUAUGCAGCCGGGACAUCGAUCCUCUUCGGAGUGCUUAUUGAAGCCAUCGGCAUUGCAUGGUUCUAUGGAGUGGAUCGUUUCAGUGACGACAUAGAGGAGAUGAUUGGCCAGCGACCGGGCCUGUACUGGAGGCUGUGCUGGAAGUUUGUCAGCCCCUGCUUCCUCCUGUUCAUGGUGGUGGUGAGCUUCGCCACGUUCAACCCUCCGAACUACGGCUCCUACGUGUUCCCCCCGUGGGCCAACUCCGUGGGGUGGUGCCUGGCCAUGUCCUCGAUGACCAUGGUGCCGCUCUACGCCAUCUACAAACUCUGCACCCUGCAGGGAAAGUUUUGCAACAGGCUGGCUUACGCCAUCACCCCAGAGACGGAGCACCAUUUGGUCGACAACGGCGAGGUCCGGCAGUUCACUCUGCAGCACUGGUUGGUGGUCUGAGAGCGACAGACACUGAUAGAGAGAGAGAGAGAGAGAGAGAGAGAGAGAGAGAGAGAGGCAGAGUGAGAGUAUGGACGUUGGGUGGAUGAAUGCAUGCACAGCGAAGGCCUGUUGGAGCAAGAGAGGAAGAGAGCGAUAGCCAUUAAAAACCGGCGUCGGUGGUGGUGGUGGUGGUGGGAGCUCUUUUAAAGUGCUGACAAAAAGAAGAGAAAAAAGAUAUAAUAUAUAGUGUUCUUUGAUUUCAACGGUGGAAUGUGUGAAGCUGUGCGUUGUCCACCAUUGUGUGGACAAUACUGGGAUUCAGUCAGACAGUGUGGCGUGUGUCGUCUCAGCCCGUUACUCCCAUAAAGACAAACGUCACAGUGAACUGUGAAUUCUAUGUUUUGGGGGAGUCGGUAAAACAAUGCUCUGAAUGUACAUGGGUUGAAGAGUUUGAGAUGCUACAAAAGAACUUUUUAUUAGCGAAUGACAUUAGCGGUUUACUUUUUUUGUCAUUCCGGAUGUGUGGGCGGCGCGACGGAGGCCACAGGUUUCACCGAAUCCCAGUCGCAUUUCUUGUUCAUGUAAUCAUUUAUCGAGUAGCUCUUUAAAAAAAAAAAAAGACUGUUAUUAUGUUAUGUCACAGAUUUAUCGAGGCAUUGAAAGAAAGAAAAAGACUUACUUUUGUUUACAUCAUAAUCAUUUUACGGGAAAGUAUAGCUGCUACAUCAACACAACCAAAACAUCUGAAUAAGCUGAAAUUGUCCCAGGAAUAAUUUACCUGACUGAGCUUUCUCACUGAGCUGGUUUAAAGAAAAGCUCAUUAUUUAAAGAUCAACAAAAAAUCAAUUGUUGUGAUAAAAGUCACUUCAUCUCGCCACGUUCCUCCUUUUAGUUAUGCGGGAUUAAGCAACGGAUCAACAUUAUUGAAACACUCCCGUUAAAUUAUAAUCAUGUGAAAUCCUAGAAAUUAAACUGUUGUCAGUGAUACACAAUAAAAUAUAAUGUAUCAAUGAGACCUAAAUAGUUUCAAGCAGCUGCUUUGGAGCCCUAAUAAGUGAACAUACACUCCACUCAACUUCCAAAUAAUUAUCACUGACACACGGAGAAAAUAAAAAAGCAUAACCCACGUUGAUAUUUUUUCUGCCACAUCCACCUCAGUUUCCUCGGUGGUCAGGACGCGCUGACUGUCACGUUUCCUCCAGAGAGCACGAAGCUUUAAUUCAACCGUUUACAGAAUCGUAUUCACUAUCUCAAGACUGUUUAAAAAAAACGCUGCUUUUUAUUGAACCGCGACUGACUAGUGUGUAAUGUAACAUAUGAAGUUAUUUAAGUUAUACAGUACAUCUGUGUAAGUAAAUGUAACGUAGAGGGGCUUGUACCGUAUCGUAUUGUAGCAUUGAAUAACAAGACCAACAAGAUUACGUAUAUUAUAUAUAACUCUAUAUAUAAUCUAAGAUUAUAUAUCCGAGGCCUGUUUCCCUUUCACUUGAACCGGAAAGUUGUCUCAAGACUUUUGUAUAUAAUAUAUAAUAUUAUUGCUCUGUUACUGUGGACUUGAUAUUAGCCUUAAGGACCGUGAUGAGAAUUACAUGGGCAAUCCAUAUAAACUGUUUGAAUCGGAAACUAUAAAACUUUUUUUCCUAACAGGUCAGGUGUGAGUUGUUUCUCACCUCGUGGUACAUGUAACACCCUAAAGGGUUAAUUAUGUCCAAAACUGUAUGCCUGUGCUGCUGUACUGUGCCUUGUGUUGUUCCUGACUGUAUGACUUUGUUUUGUACUGUCAA